CACUGUCUGGUGUGGAAGUAUACGAUGCUGCCAGGCACACGAUGAACAAAGUCACCUGGUUACAGGAUUUUCAAAGUCCGUCAGUUCACUAGGUCUCAAUUGUCCUGUUAACAUGGCCAGCAGUACCUCAGUUAAGGAGAAAAGUUGCCACUGGGACAGAAAAAAAAACCCUGCUACUAAUAGAACUAUACCGGCAAUAUCCAUACUUAUGGAAUGUCAAGGCUGAUGUGUACAAGUAUAGGAACAAACGUGUCGCGUCCAUCAAUGAAAUAACGGCGGGAAUGAAUAGAAGUGGAUUAUCUGUUACUGCUUCUGAAGUGAAGAAAAAAAUAGAAUCCAUCCGUAGUCAAUAUAGGCGAGAGCUACGUAAACUGGAGAAAUCAAAGAAGUCGGGGGCUGGUGCUGACGACAUUUACACCCCCAUAUUAUGGUGUUUUGAUGACCUUUGCUUCCUCAACGAUGGCGACAGCAUGAGAGAAUCCGUGUCAAGUAUGGAUAGCCAAGUGUCUCAUGUGCCUGAAGAAGUGUCUGAUCAUGAGAUUUUCAAUGAUCCUAUACUUCAACAAAAUGAACAUGGUUCUGUAACCCAUACAACACCAACGCCUGUCACACCUGUCCCAAGUACAUCACAGGAUAAUGUACGACCUGCAACGCAUGAGUCUUCACGCAUUCAGACUCAAAGUACCCGAGGGAGAAAAAGGUCUCUACCCACUAACGAGAGGCAUGCGGUGCUUCAAGAAGCGCUUCUUCAACUGAAGGAACUAUCUCGAUCGGAGAAGGAGGAUAGCGAUGAACAAACUGCUUUUGGUGAUGUUGUUGCCAAUGAUUUGCGGAAGAUGAAUGAAGAAAAUAGGAUCCAUGCACAGAAACUAAUUUUUGAGGUACUUUAUCUGGGAAAAUUAGGGACGUGGUUGCAUGGAGCAUAUUGGGGCUUUGCGAUUGUUGACGGACAUGGCUAGGAGAAAGGGGAACAAACUCUUUGUCGUAUUUGUUGAUUUUAGUCAGGCUUAUGAUCUGGUACCAAGAGGAAUGUUAUUUAAGGUUCUGAAACGCUUAGGUUGUGGAGCUGUUAUGUUGGCAGCCUUGAUAGCUAUUUAUAGAGUAACAAACAGCAUAAUUGGUACUGCAAUCAUAACGACUACUGUGGGAGUUCGUCAGGGAAGCUCUACCUCGUGUCUUCUUUUUGUUGUAUACAUUAAUGAUCUUAUUAAGCUUAUUAAGAAUAAUUGCAAUCCUGAUGGGUUUUUAUCGUGGCUCCAUUUAUUAGUCUUAAUGGAUGAUACAGUUCUCCUUGCAACUACCAGGGAAGGUAUCAUCCAUAAGAUAUCAUUAUUGAAGCAAUAUUGUCACACUUAUGGGAUGAAAAUUAAUGCAGGGAAAACCAAGUUUUUUGUUAUUAGUGGAACAGCACAAGACGGUAGGUCAAUUGAAAUCGAUGGUCUUACAGUAGAAUCCUGCUCACAAUAUAUUUGGGAUCGAUCUUUACUGCAGAUGGCUCUGUGUCUUCCUCUGUUGCGGCUCAUGCUCGAUCCAGGAUGCCACAUAUCAAUAAAUUUGUUUCAUUUUUGAAUAAAAAUAAUGAUAUACCUUUUAUUGUUAAAAAAAGAGUUUUUGAUGCUGCUUUAAUGUCAGCUGUCCUGUGUGUGUGUGAGUCGUGGCUGAAUGCGGACUUGAAGCCAGUAGUGAAGUUGUAUAACUGGGGAUUAAAACUAUUGCUUGGCGUUAGAAAGACAACACGCAAUGAAUUAUGUUAUAUUGAAUCGGGGUACCCGCCAUUACGAGAUCUUGUUCGUAGCAAACCGAGAAAGUUUUUUAGUAGGAUGUGGAGAGAGAGGUCUUCGUUGGAGGAUGACCCUUUGAUAUUUUCAAUUAAGACUGCAUUAGGAGCCAGGUAUAACACCAAGACUUACAUAGAAGGACUGAUUAAUGAUAGUAGAGAUGAUGUAAAAAUCGCAAUGGAAACACUCGGACGUAACAUCGUUAAUUCUGACUCCUCAAGAAAAGUUACAUAUAGAGAAAUCAAUCCAGACCUCUUAGUUCAUGACAUCUAUUCUGUUAGGCAUAAUGUUUCUGAAUCAGAUAGUCUCAUUUACUAGGUUCAGAAUUGCAUCUCACUCUCUGGCCGUGGAAGUAGGUAGGUGGGGUAGGAGGGGGAGAGGCCGUCUGCCUUUGGAGGAGCGGUUGUGUACCUGUGGAGCCAUUCAAACAGAAGUACAUGUAACACAAAUAUGCUCAAGGACACAACAUAUCAGAGAUACAUAUAAUUUAUCUAACUUGAGGGAUAUAUUUUCAAAUCGGCGAACCCUGGCAGAGCAAUGUAAGAUUAUAUUAGCUUAAUCCUUUAUGAGUAUUUAUGAAUAUUUGUGUGGUGAAAAAAAAUGAGAUUAAAAAUAGCUUUUUGGAGUAUGAUUUUUGUAUAUAAAUGUCAAAUUUUGUCCUUAAUUUUGUUUGCCAUAUGAUAACUCUUAGUUUUUGUUUUAUUGUUGUAUAAGAUAGAAACCUGUUACUCUUACUUUUGUGUAUAUAAUAUUUUGUAUUGCCAAGUGUAGUGUUUUGCCUUUUGUUGGACCAAAUGUAGAAAAUUACUGUAAA